AUGGAAGGAACAAGCCCCCCGAAGCCGCGCAUGACGCGUGCCGCGCUUGCGAGACUGGCUGCCACCAAAGAUACCAAAGAUGCUGCCGGCCCUGCAACCAAGCGCACCGCCAAGGCAACCACGGCAACCACCACCACCACCACCACGACAACAGCCCGCACCACAUCAACGAAGCGAAAGGUCAGAUCCGACGAAGAGGACGACGAGAUAUCAGGACAGUCUGAACAGCAGGGGACCAUGCACAAGCCUGCCAAGUCGCGAGGUAGAGCGAAGAAGACGCCCGAGUCGGCGCCAGAACCCCAGCCUGAGCCUCCGGUCCAAGAACCACCCGCGGCCACAGCACCCAAGCCCACGCGUGGUCGACCGAGAAAGAUCAUUGCUGCUGCCACCGCAGCUCCCAAACCAGAACCAGCAAAGACUACCCGGACGCGAACCCGCAAGACUGCGACCGAGGACCACGAUGCAGACGCGCCAGUCGAGCCAGUCAAGAAGACCACUCGGGGUCGCGCUGCAUCCAACGUCAAAACGGCAGCUGUCAGCGCUACGACCGACUACUCAACCGAGCCCACCCCGGGUCUGAAGUCUGCCGUCUCCAGGCCUACGUCCAGGAUCGGCGGCCUCAUUAAGAAGACGGUGACGUUCCAAGAACCGGAGAAGGAGAACCAGAAGCCCACUGCCGCCUCCAAGGCAAAGACAAAGGGCAAGGCCGCAGAGACCUCUGCUACAGGUAUGCGAGCCAGGCCCGUUCGCAAGCCUGCUGCAGGUGGCAGGACAACUCGCGCCAGCGCGAGAGCAUCAACACCGGAAGACAAGAACGUGAAGACCCCUCUAAGCCCUAAGAAGGAUGCCCCGAACCGCCCACUGUCCAGAGAUGUUAGCUCGGACGACGAGCUUGCAACCUACGAGAAGACUCCUCUCAAGCCGUUGAUGAGAAGUCCCGUCAAGCCACCGAGCAGUGCCAGAAAGCUGGAGCUCCCACCGCCAGCCAAGGAGGGAGAUGAAAACACGCCACAGAUCUUGGAGCCAGCCAGUGCAUCUGUCUUUGGUAGCCCAGCUCGCAGACCCCCUGCUUCCCCCUUCAAGGACAUGAUGAGGUCCCCUGCGAAGAAAGCGGAUGCUAUUCCAUCCUUGUUCCUGUCCUCAGCGCAGACCGACGGCCAGCCAUCGCAGUCACCGAGUAAGGCAUCGAUGCUUCAGUCGCCCGCCAAACGCCCCCAGGUGCCCAUCCAGGCAUUCCAAGCGGCAUCUCAUGAGCAGAACGGCCUCCACCGCUCUCCACUCAAGAUGUCUCUCUUGCACUCGCCAGCAAAGCGCCCCGCAUCGCCUUUCAAGGUACUAGGCGCACCUGUCCGUCAUAUCGAGGACAAGCCCGAGGAGCCAGUCCGCGCGAUGUCUCCCGUUGAAGAGACUGCGUCGACCGAGGAGCCUCAGCAGCAACCUCCCGUCGAGCAGGCGGGCGAAGAGACCGACGAUGAGCUUAUCAUGGACGAUGGCGACAAGGAGGAGGAGGAUGACCACGUUGAACUCAAGUCUCCUACCCAGCUUGCGUUCCCUGGUCGUCUGUCUGCGGUUUUGCCCCGACAUGCCGACCCUGCACUGCAGAAGAACUUGUUUCCUGCCAAGGCACCGGCGGCUGAGAGCACAAAUGUGACUGUCGGCGAACCAGCUGAGGCGCAAGAAAAGCCGGUCGCCCAGACUGAACUCGAGGCUAAGCCUGAAGCUGAGCCUGAAGCUGAGCCUGAAGCCGAACUUGAGUCUCGAACUGAAGAGCAGCACGAUGACCCGAUGGAUGUUGAUGAGGUCGAUACAGAUGAGCAAGAUUCACCGAGUCCCGCUCAGACCACUCCUCCUCAAUCCGCCCCCAAGCGGGCCUUGCACCCUACCUUCGGCCUCCGAGCUAAGGACCUGAAUGACAACUACAUGUCCGAAUCUGAGGACGAGUUGGCUGCUAGUGGUAAAAUGACCUCUAAACACCAAAAGGACACCACGUUCACUUUCACUGGCGUCCCUGCAACACCUACACCUGCUAGCUUCCGAAACUCUCGAGGUAGCUUGCCUUCAAGUGCAGUCAAGGCAGCAAACCGUGCUAUUCGAUCGGUCUCGAAAGGCUCUAAGCUUGGCUUCACACCUCUCGCCAUGCAGCUCAGUGAGUGGAAAGCCACGAGCCCCUUGAAGCUCGGCAAGGUCGAAUCCGAACCAGUCCCGUCACAGGGCUCACCCAGCAACGAAGACGACUUUUCGCUGCUCUCGGAUAAAGGAAUUUCCGCUGUCGGGGCUUCGCCUUCCAAGGGUUUCUUCGACGACGAAAUGAACAUCCGCGCCGAAAUGGAGAACCAAGCUGCAAUGGAGGCAGCCCUGGAGGCGGAUAUUGCCGCCAGGUUCGACGACUCAGAUCUUGAGGACCCAGAGUUUGAUGACAUUUCCAUUACCAAUGAGGAUGUCGAACUUGCUGCCGAGGCCAACGAAAUGUCCCUUUUGGAGCCUAACGCGGUCGAAGAGAUGCUCGACAAUGAAGCCCACGAUGACUCCAUCUCGGAAGCCAGCCAAGAAUAUGGUGAUGAGAACGCUGUUCCCAUUGACCCUGCUCUGUUGGGUACUAGAGCUGGUGCUCGAAGUCUCAGUCUCGCCCCGGUAACCCCAAUGCGACCGUCUGCUCCAAAGGCAUUUCACACCGUGUCCAAGGUUCCCUUGAAGCCCGCGGAUGACUCCACUCCCCGAAGCAUGAAGAGACGUAGCGCGAGUGCAUCGAAGCUUCCAGUCAAGCGUCCUGCCAGUGUAUUUAGAAACGCCACUGUCAUCUCUUACUCACCGACGAAGCAAUCCGACCCGGAGGCCGAUGAGCACGAAGAGGGGACAGAGAAUCCUCCUGUCACCCCUUCCAAAUCGGAUAUCUGGUCGUCUAUUGGAACACCAGCCCGUACCCCUCGCCGUGAUCUCAACACGAGCCUGCUGCGUGGCGCGGUCGUAUUCGUCGAUGUUCACACCAGUGAGGGCGCGGAUGCCAGCACCGUCUUUGUUGAGCUGCUUACUCAGAUGGGCGCUCGCUGUGUCAAGAGCUGGCCUUGGAACUCGACCGACCCCACCAACGGCGAGCCGUCCACUGCUAAGAUCGGUAUUACUCACGUGGUGUACAAGGACGGAGGCAAGCGGACCAUGCAGAAGGUCAGAGAGAGCGGCGGCGUUGUACAGUGUGUCGGUGUUGGCUGGGUCUUGGAUUGUGAGCGGGAGAACGAAUGGCUAGAAGAGGCUCCCUACUACAUCGACACCUCUCUGGUUCCUCGUGGUGGUCGCAACCGCCGUAAGAGCAUGGAGCCCAAAGCCCUUGCCAACAUGAACGGCACUCUUUUCACUCCCAUGAAGACCAAUGCGGCACCCGCGCGAGAACCUCAGACGGUGCCCAACAACCACAUGAGUAGAAGAGACAGCACUGUUUGGGUGCGAACGCCCUCGGACCGUGAUGAGAACGAGGACGCUCCUGGUGAGGAUGACUGGGUUAGCGAUAUCGGCAUGCUCACCCCCGUGCCAAAGACACCCGCUCCGGAGACGGUUGCGAGGUUCGCACUGGACGUCACCCCCGAGACACCUGCUGCCGGGUCUUAUGCGGACUACUCGCCCGAAGACGAGGAGCUCUUCAUGCGCACGUGCCCACCGAAGCAGAGCGGCUUUGCUGACCUCGGCCGUGACGUGCUGGGUCGAGAAAAGGACCAAAGCGUCAUGAUGCGACUGAUGGCCGCUCGUCGCAAGAGCUUGCAGUUUGCACCCAAGAUUGCAAGCCCGCUCUCCAAAGCAUGGAACUAA